AUGGCUCCUAUUAGAGUUGGCAUCAUUGGACUGUCCGCGAAGGAGGCAGUCAUGGGUCCAGGAGCCUGGGCCUCCAUCGCCAUCCUUCCCUCGUUCCAGAACUCGCCAGACUACGAGAUAGCCGCUCUCUGCAACUCGUCCGCAGAAGCAGCCCGUCGCUCGAUUGAGAUGCACAAGCUCCCGAGCACGACAAAAGCCUAUGGCGACGUCGAACAGCUGGCCAGCGACCCCGACGUCGAACUGGUCGUUGUCAGCGUCGUCGUGACCAAGCAUCUCGCGGUGACACUCCCCGCCAUCGCCCACAAGAAACAGGUCUUUGUCGAAUGGCCACUGGGCGCCUCGGCUCAAGAGGCGGAACAGCUCACGCAACUGGCCAAGUCCAACGGACUCAAGACUAUCGUUGGUCUUCAACGUCGUGCUGACGCUCUCACCCUCAAGUUGAAGGAAAUUGUGCAAAGUGGGGAGAUUGGCGACAUUAGGAGCACUUCCGUUGUCGGCGCUCUUCCGCACUUCCCUCCUGGCUUCUGGGUGGAGGGCACGGAGUACUACCACGACAUCAAAAGCGGAGGUAACGCGUUCCACAUUAUAUUUGGGCAUUUCUUGGAUUCGUUCACAAACGUUGUUGGCGACUUCGAUCUCAGCACCCUGUCUUCAGUCCUGAAGCGUGACGUCGACACCGUGCCCCUUUACAAAGCUGACAGAGUCACCGUCAUCAAUCCUGCGUAUUCCAAGUCCUCCCCAGACCAGAUCUUGGUCCAAGGGAUGUUGCAAAACGGGGCAACUGCCUCGAUUGCCUUCCGAACCACCCCAGUCACGGUCAGUGAGGAUGGUACUCGCUGGAUCAUCAGCGGCACAAAGGGCGAGAUCGAGGCCGUUUUGGAUGGGGGACAGCGGAAAGGUCACAGCCCCAGCAAGAAACUCACGUACAAAACUGUCGGAGGAGAAGUACAAGAGGUCACUCUCGAGAGUGGUAAGCUUCCUGAAGGCGUCGAGGUAUCGGCCCUUGGACUGAACACAGCCCUCAUAUUUGAUGCCUUCGCCAGAGGCGAUACUUCGCGGUAUGCGGACUUUCAGACGGCUCUGAAGAACCAUGUGUUGCUGGAAGAGAUUUUGAAGAAGUCUGGAUACAAUGACGUCGUCACCGGGCACUACCCGGACCCCGCCGCCGUCGACGCCGUCCUUCUCACGAGCUCCAUCGCCACGGCCUACGACACAGACCCCUGGGUACUCGAGUCGGCCGCCUUCGUCUGGCAGGUCUACGAGCGCCACCCGGGCGUCCGCAUCUUUGGCACCUGCUUCGGCCACCAGCUGGAAUCUGGCGGGUGUGAGUCAUGCCGCCUGCUGGAGCGUGGCGCGGCCUGCCUAGAGUGA